UUCAGCAAAAACUCUUCACUUGUCUGCUGAAAUAUUAACUCUUCUUCAUCAGAGCUUUUAGUCAUAACUGUAUAGUUCUUUCGGCAUGAGAUCGCCAGGUGGUGCAGAUACGUCGUCGUUUCUGUCUGAUUUCCUUGAGAAGUGCGGCGGCUACGCGGUGGUGGACGGUGGGUUUGCCACGGAGCUUGAGCGCCAUGGUGCUGAUCUCAAUGAUCCUCUAUGGAGCGCCAAAUGUCUCAUCACUUCUUCACACCUUAUCAGAAGGGUUCACCUAGACUACCUUAAUGCUGGCGCAAAUGUUAUCGUAACCGCGUCUUACCAGGCCACAAUUCAGGGUUUUGAGUCCAAAGGGUUUUCCAGUGAAGAAGCUGAAGAUCUACUUAGAAAAAGUGUUGAAAUUGCAUGUGAGGCAAGACAAAUUUUCCUCGACAGAUGCACCGAAUUACAUUCUCGGCCCAUUCUGGUUGCUGCUUCUGUUGGCAGCUAUGGAGCUUACUUGGCUGAUGGAUCAGAGUACAGUGGAAACUAUGGUGAAUCAAUUACCCUAGAAAAGCUCAAGGACUUUCAUAGAAGAAGGGUUCAGAUUCUAGCCGAUUCUGGCGCUGACCUAAUCGCAUUCGAAACAAUUCCAAAUAAACUAGAAGCUAAGGCUUAUGCUGAGCUUCUUGAGGAAGAAGAUACUAAUAUUCCAGCAUGGUUUUGUUUCAAUUCCAAGGAUGGAAUCAAUGUGGUCAGUGGUGAUUCGGUGUAUGAGUGCGCAUCCAUUGCAGGCUCUUGUAAUAAAGUUGUCGCUGUAGGAUUCAAUUGCACUCCUCCAAGAUUUAUCCAUGGCCUCGUUCUCUCGAUGAGGAAGGCAACAGAUAAAGCAAUAGUUGUGUAUCCAAACAGUGGAGAGACUUACGAUGCUGGUUGCAAGCAAUGGGUGGAAUCAAGUGGAACAGGAGAUGAAGAGUUGCUGGUGUCAUACGUAGAAAAAUGGCGUGAAGCAGGCGCUUCCCUCUUGGGUGGUUGCUGCAGAACGACUCCAAGUACAAUUAAAGCCAUAUCUAAAGUUUUAUCACGUAAAUUCGUGUAGUCAGAAUUCUUUUUUUGACUGUUUAAUUACAAGAAAAUAUACUUGGACUACAUGUAUCGACGGAUUUUUCCUUUUAUUUUGCCUUAGAAAUAAUCACGCUUUGGACACAA